UAUAGCAUCCCCCCAGUCCAGUAUUAUCCCACCGCCCGCUAAUUAUAGCUACCCUGCCCAGCGCAAGCCAGGCCCGCCCAGCCAAAUCCGGCACUCGAGCUUGGCCUGCAGCAGCCCCAAGUUAAGCUUAGCGCGACGCAUCUCCCCCGCUGGAACCAGAGGCCGCCCAACCAAGGUCCAAGGCGCAUGAUGCAUUACAUCACUAUAGCCGACGCCUGCAUUGUGGCACUUAGAGAGGAGAAAAAAAACAUGUUUUUGAACAGCGACGAUCCAGCUACCUUGGCUUGAGUCUAGACCCCCUUACCACAACUAUAUUUCAACCCCUUCUCGCCCUGGACCACACCGGUGCUUUCAACAAUCCCUUCUUUCUCUUCGCCAGCACGCGACGCUACUACUUCACCCGCCAGCCACCCACUGUAAUUUCUCCAGCGUCGGAAGAGAACAACCCCUUCAUCUCACGGAUCGCAACACCAACGGACAGGAAAUCACAGGCAGCUCGAGCGCCGACACAGACAAAAUGACGACCUUUGUGACAAAGAUGAUCGCCAAGAAGAUCUUGGGCGAAAAGGUCGAGAACAAGUUUGGCAAAGAAGUAGGUACACUUGCGCAGAGAAGCGCGUUGUCUUGACCAACAGCGGCUAACAAUCAACUUUCCAGGAUCCCUACUUCGACUAUGUCCCCGCCACGAGACUCUGGGGACGCCCAACAAAGAAGAUGAAGAGAGUCAAGAAGGCGCUACCUCCUGGUAUCUCUGAGAAUGACGGCCAGGUCCUCACCAAAGUCAAGCGCAGGGCGUACCGCAUGGACAUGGCGCUGUUCGACUUUGCCGGUAUCCGCUUCGGAUGGGGCAGCGUAAUUGGCAUUGUGCCAUUCAUCGGUGACGCAAUGGAUACCCUCAUGGCCAUUAUGGUCCUACGAACCUGCGAACAGAUCGACGGCGGCCUGCCAACGAGCCUAAAAAUGUCCAUGAUCUUCAACAUCAUGGUUGACUUUGUCAUUGGCCUCGUGCCGUUCCUCGGCGACCUCUGCGAUGCCGUCUUCAAGGCGAACACCCGAAACGCACUUCUCCUCGAGCAGCACCUUCGCGAAAAGGGCCAGAAGGGCCUAAAGCGAAAAGGCGAGCCAUUGCCCGACAUAGACCCUAGUAGCCCCGAAGAGUACGAUCGAGCCCGAAGCGAAGUAGACGAGGUAUAUGCGCGGAAGCACGCCAGCAAAAAGGCUCGCACCAGCACAUUUGGCCGCAACAAGACACGGCCAGAUGACCUCGAGACGGGUGUCGUUGAUACCAGUCGCCCAGCGACAACACGAAAGUAGUUUGCUUUUUUGCUUACAGAAUGUUGAAUUUCGUUCAAGUCAUGAGUAAUGUUAUUGUGGAGGAAUGGGGUUGGACACCGGUUGUGCUUUGCACUACAGAUAUACCUUUUCUUUACGUCGUUAUGCCAUAGUUACCAAAUAGCAUAGUGGAAUGAAUAAUUAUAAACUUACAACAAAUGCUGAUCCAAGCAUGACCAAGACCCCAUCCCAAAGUCUACAGUCACAUUAGUACCCCAGCUUUAAGCGGCCCCAUCGUGAACAACAGACAGAGCCCGGCACAUAGCGUCAGUCUGUCUCCCUGCACAGAGUGGUGAAUUGACAUGCCAAUCAGCCCACCAUUGCAUUUCCGAGACGAGCUCGGCGCUACCCCCCGAUCCUUCAGCAUAUACGGCCCAAUUGAGCCUCGUUGACGGAGGCAAAUGGUCCAGGUGCGGGUCGAACGUGUCUCGCCCCUCUUGGGAAGGGGGGCGUGCGGCGAGCAAGUGGUGCUUUGUUUGCUGAGUGAUGAUGAUGUUAUAGCUGAUUGAUAACACCCAUCUCCGUCCCGUGGGCCCCGUCCCAGCGGCUCCUCCCUUGGCGGCGGUCUCGUAUUAGCGCCGAGCAGUCAAUGAGGUACCUGAACGCGAAGGCGCGUCGCGUGCGGCGGUUCCCUCGUCGACAGGCUAAUGCUGGGUGGCUG